AUGUAUGUUGAACAUCUGGGGUGUGAUGCUGUUCAUCCGUCUGUCCUGGGUGUUUGGACAGGCCGGCUGGGGUCUGGGCAUUGUGGUCAUUGCUCUGAGCUGUGUGGUGACCACCGUCACAGGUCUCUCCAUGUCUGCUAUCUGCACCAAUGGAGUGGUACGAGGAGGAGGGGCGUACUACCUGAUAUCACGUAGUCUGGGACCAGAGUUUGGCGGUUCCAUCGGUCUCAUCUUCGCCUUCGCUAACGCUGUUGCCGUGGCGAUGUACGUGGUGGGCUUCGCAGAGACUGUGGUGGACCUACUCAAGGAAAACGAUGCCAUCAUGAUAGAUGAGCUGAAUGACAUUAGGAUCAUCGGCUGUAUCUCGGUGGUACUGCUGCUGGGGAUCUCAGUGGCCGGGAUGGAGUGGGAGGCCAAGGCCCAGGUCGGUCUGCUGAUCAUCCUCCUGGUAGCCAUCGCCAACGUCUUCGUAGGAACCGGCAUCCCAGCCUCCACCGACAAGAAGUCCAAAGGAUUCUUUAACUAUGAUGCCAAAAUAUUUAUGGAGAACUUACCGCCGGACUUCCGAGGUGAGACGUUCUUCUCUGUGUUCGCCAUCUUCUUCCCUGCUGCCACGGGUAUCCUGGCCGGAGCUAACAUCUCUGGAGACCUGAAGGAUCCCCAGGAUGCUCUCCCUAAAGGAACCCUGCUGGCCAUCCUCAUCACCGGAGUCACAUACCUGGGAGUCGCCCUCUGUGUCUCUGCCACGGUGGUGCGUGAUGCAACAGGAAACAUCAACGACACCAUUACCACAGGGAUGAACAUGUUCUGUAACGGUACCAACACUGCUGCCUGUGAGCAGGGAUGGAACUUCUCCUCCUGUGAUGUCAACAGCUGCAAGUUUGGCUCCAUGAACAACUUCCAGGUGAUGACCAUGGUGUCAGGGUUCGGUCCUCUCAUCACAGCAGGAACCUUCUCUGCCACCCUCUCCUCCGCCCUCGCCUCCCUCGUCAGCGCACCCAAAGUCUUCCAGGCUCUGUGUAAAGACAACAUCUACACUGCACUGAAGUUCUUCGCCAAGGGACACGGCAAGAACAACGAGCCAAUCAGAGGCUACGUUCUGACCUUCAUCAUCGCUGUCGCCUUCAUAAUCAUCGCCGAUCUGAACGUCAUCGCUCCCAUCAUCUCCAACUUCUUCCUGGCAUCAUACGCCCUCAUCAACUUCUCCUGCUUCCACGCUUCAUACGCUAAGUCCCCAGGCUGGAGGCCAGCGUACAGGUACUACAACAUGUGGCUGUCUCUGUUUGGAGCGGUGCUCUGCUGUGGUGUGAUGUUUGUCAUCAACUGGUGGGCUGCUCUCCUCACCUACGCAAUCGAGAUCUCCCUCUAUGUCUACGUCACCGUCAAGAAGCCAAAUGUGAACUGGGGCUCGUCCACUCAGGCCGUGACGUUUGUCAGCGCGGUCAACAACGCUCUGUCACUGACCGGAGUAGAGGACCAUGUUAAGAACUUCAGACCUCAGUGUAUGGUGCUGACAGGAGCACCUAAGAACAGACCGGCCCUCCUGGACCUGGCUCAUUGUUUCACUAAGAACUACGGACUCUGUCUCACAUGUGAAGUCUUUGUGGGCCCCAGAACAGAGACAUUGACAGAUGUGAACGCUGGAAUGGAGAAGAACCAGAUGUGGCUGAAUAAGAGGAAGAGAAAAGCCUUCUAUGCUGCGGUGGCCUGUGACUCCUUCAGACAGGGAACUGAGAACCUCCUGCAG